CCUUCCGGGCUUUGAGACUCACGCACGCACGCGCCGUGGGCAGCCGCUCGGCCGCUGGGCGGCGCGGGCCUUACGCGGGUGUGACGUCACCACGCGCCGCAGCCUGCGGCGGCGGCGGCAGCCAUGGCGACCGCCCGGGAGCCGGCGGCGGAGGACCCGCUGUGGAGCUUUGUGCGGGUUCUGGAGAAGCGGGACGGGACGGUGCUUCGGCUGCAGCAGUACGGCUCCGGAGGCGUGGGCUGCGUGGUGUGGGACGCCGCCAUCGUCCUCUCCAAGUACCUGGAGACGCCGGCGUUCUCCGGCGGCGGGGCCCACGCGCUGAGUCGCCGCUCGGUGCUGGAGCUGGGUUCGGGCACCGGGGCCGUGGGGCUGAUGGCCGCCACCCUCGGGGCAGAUGUUGUAGUCACUGAUCUGGAGGAGCUGCAAGACCUGCUGAAAAUGAACAUCAGCAUGAACCAGCAUCUCGUGACUGGGUCUGUUCAAGCCAAGGUACUGAAAUGGGGGGAAGAAUUAGAAGACGUGACUUCACCAGACUACAUAUUAAUGGCUGACUGCAUAUACUAUGAGGAGUCCUUGGAACCAUUGCUGAAAACAUUAAAAGAUCUCAGUGGAUCUGAAACUUGUAUUAUAUGUUGUUAUGAACAGCGUACAAUGGGGAAAAAUCCAGAAAUUGAGAAAAAGUAUUUUGAGCUCCUCCAACUAGACUUUGACUUUGAGGAAAUUCCCUUGGAGAAACAUGAUGAAGAAUACCGAAGUGAGGACAUUCAUAUUAUAUACAUCAAAAGGAAAAAAUCAAAACUGCCAUCAUGAAUCCCUCUUCCAUCUUACCCACGCUCCUGACAUCCUGGGUAAGGUGCAGCUGUGAAUGGAGCAUGUGCAUACAGCAUGGGAGAGCGCGUUACAGUUUCUCCAGCAUGUCCUUAGAGACCUGUCCAUGGAUGACGACCACCACGGACCGCCCCCAGUGUGAAACACCUGCCUGCAGCGGACCUGUAGUCCAACUUGGGUUAACUUAGCUCAGCACCAAGGUCUGCUUAAAAAAACACUGGGAUCACUCAAAUAAAAAUAAAUUUGAGGUUAGCCUCAGUUCUAAAGCA